AUGGAAAAGAACAAUUUGGAAGGUGGCGUUGCCACCAACCGAGUUGAUAGCCAGGAGACCAAUGUCGGAGGGGAAACCGAUAUCAUCGCUGAAGCGGCAUUUGCAACGGAACAGGAGGGAAAGAUGACAUUGAGGGAGGGUAUCAAACUCUACCCCCAUGCCAUCGGUUGGUCUGUUUUACUCUCUAUGGCGAUCAUCAUGGAGGGGUUCGAUAUUGUUCUCAUCUCGAAUUUCUUCGGCUUCCCGCAGUUCGUUAGGAAAUAUGGUGAACAGCUACCUGAUGGCACAUAUAAUAUUUCGGCUAAAUGGCAAACCGCUUUGUCGAAUGGUGCAUAUGUCGGGGAGAUCAUCGGUCUUUUUAUUAAUGGUAUCGUCUCCGAGCGAUACGGUUAUCGUAAAACUAUGAUCGGCUCGCUUUCAGUCCUCACCGGACUUAUCUUCAUACCAUUUUUCGCUCCUCGCAUUGAAAUCCUCCUCCUAGGAGGAAUACUGCUGGGUAUCCCAUGGGGUGUCUUUCAGACAUUGACAACGGCCUAUGCUUCAGAAGUCUGCCCAACAGCCCUCCGUGCCUACUUGACCACUUUCGUCAAUCUGUGCUGGGUUAUUGGUCAAUUGAUUGCUAGCAGUGUCCUUCGUGGAUUCUUAAGUAGACAAGACGAGUGGUCGUAUAGAAUUCCAUUCGCUCUACAAUGGAUCUGGCCUGUUCCUAUCAUCAUUGGAUGCAUCUUUGCCCCGGAGUCCCCAUGGUGGUUGGUUCGACAAGGACGAAUUGCGGAUGCCGAAGCUUCUGUCCGUCGUCUUACCAAAGCAGGGAACGGUGUCGAUAUCCAAAGAACUGUCUCCAUGAUGAUUCGUACCAAUGAAUUGGAAAAAGAAGCCUCUAGUGGCACAAGAUACAUCGACUGCUUCAAGGGAACUGACCGACGAAGAACCGAAAUUGCCUGCGUAGUUUGGGGUAUUCAGACACUUUGUGGUUCAGGAUUAAUGGGAUAUAGUACCUAUUUCCUUCAGCAGGCCGGCCUCCCCGUUGAGCAAUCUUUCAACUUUACCAUGGGUCAAUACGCCCUCGGAAUCUGCGGUACCCUAUUUUCUUGGAUUCUCAUGAUGAGAUUCGGCCGUAGGACGCUUUACAUCAGUGGCCUUGUCGCUUUGUUCGUUACACUUAUCGCAAUUGGUUGCCUUGGUAUCCCAAAGUCCAACAUGGGAAUAGCUAUUGGAGCUGCGCUCUUGGUCUUCACAUUCAUUUACGACGUUACCGUUGGACCAGUCUGUUACGCUAUCGUUGCUGAGAUGUCCACGACACGACUUCGAUCCAAGUCUAUCGUCCUUGCCAGAAACUUUUACAAUGUUAUGGGAAUUAUCAACAACGUCAUUACCCCACAAUUGGUUAACGUCACCGCACUCAACUGGAGAGGCAAAGCCGGAUUCUUCUGGGCAGUGUCUUGCUUCUUUUGCACUAUCUACUGCUAUUUCAGACUUCCAGAGACCUCUGGUCGUCCUUAUAUCGAGCUUGAUAUCCUAUUUGAAAACAAGGUUUCAGCUAGGAAAUUCCACAAGACAAGCGUCGAUGCAGUUGCAGGAACCAUUGAAGGCACCGAAAGAGUUGAAAAGGCAUCGAUCGAACAGGCUGAUCAUAUUGAGAAAGUUUCGAUAUGA